AUGUCGAUGUUUAAGAGCCUACAGAGCAUGCCGGGAGUGAUAACGUUGUUUCACUCACCCAACGUGAAAGCGUCCUCAGAUGUUCUUAAAGUUCUACAAAAGGCCACCACAUCAUUAGAAUCAUCGCCUAAGUCUCAGGGAUUCCUUUCAAAGAUUUUUGGAGGAAAUUCGUCGAAAGGGGUGAAGCCUGCCUCCAGAUAUCAGCUUGAUGUGGCAUCUACAUUCCCCACUCCAGAUCAAUUCCUUUUUAUAAAGGGAACAAUCUCUACUCAUCCAGACUGCAAGGCUGCCUUCAAGUCAGCAUUUCCGAAGUGGGGUGAAACGCUAGAGAGAGCAAGGGAUGUAGAGAACCUCCCCACUCAGAGUGCCGUUGAGAAGCAAACAGCCGGCAAGACUCUGGAUGAAUUGGUGGCUUUGAAGUUGUUCAAUCCACCUCUGGUCGUGGACUGGGAUAACCAAUUGAUUGCGAGCGAUGUUGAAGGAUUGACAAAAGUCCUGGAACACUACAAAAAGAGCGAGGAUAUCUGA